UUUAUAUUGAUUUCAAAGUUUAGCUUCAGUCAGUCUUUUUAGGUUUCUACUUGCAAAAAGUUGUCCCAAGAUCACAAUGAAUCACUGCGUAUGUUCCAAAUUACCCAAGCACUCCCAAAUUGCAACAUCUCCAACAGUGACACCUUCAAAAUUUUUCCUUUCAACUGAAGAUGCACAAGUUUUACACAAAGCUAUGAAAGGAUCCGGAACUGAUGAAAAAGCCAUUAUUAACGUGAUCGCAAAACGGUCCUUAGCCCAACGUUUGGAAAUAAUUUCGCAAUUUAAUAAACUCCACUCCAAAAAUUUAGUCGACGAACUUAAAAAAGAAUUAAGUGACGAUUUUAAAUACUUAAUUUUGGCUCUAUUAACCCCACGUGAAGAAUUUUACGCUGAAGAAUUACACAGGGCUAUGUGUGGGUUAGGAACCGAUGAAGAUGUCCUAAUUGAAGUUUUAUGUACUUUGAAUAAUUCAGAAAUUGUUAAAGUCAGACACGCUUAUUACAAACUGUUUCACCAAAGUCUCGAAAAUGAUAUAAAAGGUGACACAAGUAGCUACUUCAAACAACUUUUGAUAGCCCUCUGCGGCGUUCAACGCGACGAAUGCUGCUCCACCAAUCGUGACGAGGCAAUUUCCGAGGCAGAAAAUCUCUACAACGCUGGGGAAAAACAAUGGGGAACUGAUGAAUCCACGUUUACUAAAAUUCUGACCGAGAGAAAUUACCCUCAACUUCGCCUUAUUUUCGAAGAAUAUGAAAAACUGACUGGUCACGGGAUCGAGAAAGCAAUCGAGAGUGAAUUCUCCGGAGACAUUAAAGACGGUCUAUUGGCGAUUGUUGAAACUGUUCAAAAUAAAGCAAAAUUUUUUGCCAAAAAGUUGCAUAAGAGUAUGAAAGGACUGGGGACCAAUGAUCGAGACUUGAUAAGAGUGGUUGUGACCAGGAGUGAAAUUGAUAUGGGAGAAAUUAAAGCCAAGUACCAAGAGGAAUAUGGAAAGUCUUUGGCUGAGGCUAUCAAGGGCGACACAUCUGGGGAUUAUAAAAAAUGCCUUUUAGCUCUGAUUGGCGAAGAAUAACUGCGGUCCGAGGCAAAUAAUUAAACGUAAUCGUUCUUUACUAUUCUAUUUAUUUAAUGUAUUAAAUUAUAUUGUAUUAUAUUCUAUCU